CUCGCUGUGCUGCUGUACUGCUGUACUGUACUGUGCCGUGCUGUGCUGACCUGGCGUUUUGCCUUUUGACCAACAACUGCUACCGAAAGUCCGCCCUGAGCAGCCCACAAGGUACCUCCCGCGCCCCAGUCAGAGCAGCGAGCCAGGAUCGAGUUGAUUAUGACUUCACGCCCUGAAUCCGAAUCUCGAGGUGUGGUCACCUCACUUUCCACGUCCUCUCCCGCUCCCUCCACCUCGCCCUUUGCCGACACCCUCUCGAGAGCCCGCCUUCUUCGAGAAACCAACACCAUUCCGUCCAAGAGCACUGCCGUCGAUGCUCGUCCCAGCAACCGACCCGGACUAGUUUCCCGCGCUUCAGAGAGCUCCACCAAGACGAUUCGACCCCGCCAUCAUCUACGCAUCAAGUCAUCGAGUGUGAUCCCGACCCUCUCCACGCCUCACGUCGGUACCACGCCCUCCUCCAGGUCGCCCACCAUGACCUCUUCCACCGGCGCCACUUCCUCGGGAGCCGCAGACCUGCUGCGCCAGGCCAUGCUGCAGAGGUAAGCCGCCCUUUGCUGUCUUUUGAGUCUCGUUUUCUGCUCUGUUCUGCUUGUGCGAGUGCGUCUUGUUGGCCGACUGCGAUGAUAAAGCAAAGCACACGAGGGGAGCGGCGCGGGUCCUUUGUCGCUUAGCUCAGCAGUCAUGC